AAAAACCAGUGCAGCGUGACCGAGAAUAAAAAUCAUAGACAGACAAGAGAAGGACCCAUUGUCGAACAAACCACCGAUGCAUGUGGUGUGGUUGUGACCCACAAAUGGAUUGGUGACGUUGGUGCCAGUGUUGGUGAUUCGGACAGAGUGAUAGCAAUAUGACUUCCCUAAUAUACCUUGUAGCGCUAGCGCUGCUAGGCCAAGCUAGGUCGGAAGUAGUUGAACUUAACUGUAGUGAUAAUGCGACGUGUAUAGACAAUAUGGCGAGGGAGUUCGUCAGGAGUAUGAGACAUCAGAAGGCGGUGAAGAUAUUCGAUUUGUUUACGAUAGAGCCAGUGGAGAGUCGGCAGGCGAGGUCGAUCCAAGAUCCAAUAACGAGAUUUAUGACUACACACGCUUUCAGCUUCGACUGGAAUGAUUUCACGUUCAGAUUCUCCAAUCCGGAAGGUAGAAGUGAUGCCAUGGAUCUAGAAGUUUUGGAAAGCAGAUCUGCUAAAGAUGUUUCGGAUACUGUUCCGAAGAAAUCAAAAAGCAAAGAUGAAGAGGAAGUCAUCGAUGACAAGUCCGGCAAUGCUCAUAUAAAUGCUCACAUAAAGCCCAUUAAAAGAAGGGGAUCGAAACGCAAGGUGAUGCAAGCAAUCGUCCCCAUGCUCAUAGGCAUGAAGUCUGCCGGGAUAGCUGUGUUUGGUCUCUUCAUGGUGUCCAUCAUUACGAUAAAGGCUUUCUUGGCUAGCAAGAUGGCGCUCAUGGUGACAAUUGGAAUGGCUGUGAAGAAGUUGUAUGAAAGUUAUGGCAAUGGCGCUGGUUUGCAAAACCAUCCGUACCUAUACUCACAAUAUCCGAUCGAUUUUCCAAGCGCCACGUCGCACGCAUACUCCGUUAACGGAGUGAGCCCACAGUUUGCGUCUCCGGAGUUAUACAGUCCAACAGCGCUGGGCUCGCACUCCCAACAGCACGAGCUGAUACAACAAAGUGACGCUAGUGCUCAGCAGUCGCAACAGGCGCCAACGCAGCUCCUAGUUAACUCCACACGGGCAGCGGAGAGAUGGGAUGGUAAGUCAAAACUGUUCAAAAUAUUUGAACCAGUCGUCGACAAAAUCAGAAGCUUCGUCGAUCCGAUAGCCAACGUCUUCUACGAUGCAAUGCCAACGUUUAGAGGUCUCAACUCUGAUGUGUCUACAGCAAAGAGCGUUGAACCGGAUGAAGAAAAGAAAAGACCUAGAGAAAUAUUGAUACCUCAGCCGAGAAAUAUCGCUCAAAGGAAAAUGUCUUACCGUAAAACACCGAGACAUAGACCAAAGAAAUAUGUUGAAUUAAACUUAAACCUAGAUAGAUUAAAAAAUAAUAAAGAUUAUCUGGAGUAUAUAAAAACCAAAAAGUACCAAUAUAACUAUCCUCAUACAUUUUAUUACCCUCGCGUGAAAUAUUUUGUUAAUCCUAAUAUUUUUUCUGCAGGUUCUAAUAAUAAUAGACUUUUGUCUUAUAGAAAACCAAUCCUUAGACGUAAUAUUUUCGUUAACAACAAUAAUACUUCAGAAACAACUACUGCGGGUGUUUUAUCAUUAGAACCAACGGAUUGGAAGCCUAUAGUUGUAUAUAAUGUAACAAAUUCGAAUACACAUCGAAAUAAAGUACGAAAGCACCGAAAAAAGACUCAAAAUAUGAGAAAACUUCGAAGAAAGAAAAUAAUGAAGAAACACAAAAGAGUAGAACGAAGUCUAGAUUCGUAUGAGUCCAAUAAUGUUAAUUCUAUUUCAGAGUAUAAUUAUGAUAGAAAUCUAAGUAAUAUUGCAGUAACUUCUGGUAGAGGACUAUCUGGUUUUUUUCAAUACAUAAGUAAUCCUUUCACUAAUGUGUUAAAAAACGUAGAUGGUUAUGCGGAAAAAGUUGUGCAAGACUCAUUGAAGUCAAAAGAGCCUCCAAUAUUCUAUACAAUUGCCUACAAUAUAGUGAUGUUUUAUUUAGACGCAAUUGAUGGUUUAGUUGAAGUUCAUGAAGCUCUUAGGAAUUAUAUUACUGAAGAUUUUCCAACAAAACCUAAAAGAAAAAUAAAGAUAAAAAAUAAAAAUAAAAUCAAAAAUAAAAUUAAAAACAAAAAUAAGAAGAAAAAAGUAUCACAAUCAAAGGUUCAGAGUAAUGAAACAACUGCGGCAGAGUGAUUGCAUGUAAACAUAUCUGUUUUAGAAGUUCUAUAUCAUAUUAUACGUAAGCCGAUAAGUUUAUUAGCAACUUUACAAAUAAAAAAAACAUUGCUAAGUAAUUUAUCAGCGAAAUAUAACAGAUUAUAAAACGGUUAAAGUACCAACCGUCAGAAAUGAAUAAUAAUUAUCUGCCGUGUUGGUUAACUUUUACAACCUCUGCAUUUAUUUUGGUGGCGGUUUAUUAAUAUUAUAAUAGUAGGUAAUAUGAUGUAAUAGUAGGUAUUGUAAAUAUCAAUUGAAAUUUUAUAAUUUGUCAAUUUUCUCAGAAAUCUCAUUAAUUGGAUUAAAUAAUAUUUCUACUCAUAUGUAUAUAUAAUCUAAUAUAAUUUAUCAUAUCAUGUAUAUAUGGCGGUAACUGCUAAAUAUUCAUAACUUGUUGUCAGUAAAUUGUUUUGAAAGUUGACUUAUUGUUAUUUAUUUAUGUUAACACCUCAAUGGCUUUUAAUGCUCUCAUAUGCCCAAAAUUUCAAUUAUUAUUGAAUGCAAUGCCCAAACAUUUAAAUUUUUACAUACACUUGUAAUCCUUACCCUAGUUAUCGAGUAACUAAGAUUCUAAUGGAACUUACAAAUAUUUUAGAAUCACAUUUCGUUGAUGUGGAAUCAAUAACGUAUCUAAUAAUUUAAUUGUUUGGGUUCAUGUUAUAAUUCUGUAAGUGAUUUAAAUUGAUAUUUGCAUUGUAAGUAACGAAUGUUGUGUUGUGCAGGGUACCGGAGGCGCCCAAUG